AUGUUCGUUCCAGGCACAAGGGCUCGCAAGCGUGGCAAGGCAAAGGCCAAGCCCACACGCGACUGGGACGCAGAGCUUGCGGCACUGGACGACGAGGAGGGCGGCGCGAUGACGACGACAACGACGACGACGACGACGACGACUACGACUACGACAGCGAUGAAAACAGCGAUGGCGCCAGCGGCUGAGACUGCAGCGGUAGCAGAGGUCGACGAUGUGACGGCGUACGGGGUAGAGGCAUCGGUGGCGUUUGCAGUCAAGGCGGCCAAGGAAGGAAAGCCCGUGCCGGGACUGCCGAGCGGGAGCGGGACGACGCGGUACCACAGCAACGAGGAGAAUCCGCGAGUCUGGCUGGAGCUGGUAGUGGAGGAGGCUGAGCGGGGGACGCGUAGGCCAAGCUCCCGGACAGUCCGUCUCGAGUUUGAGGUCUAUGCCGAUCUGGUGCCCAAGACGGCGGAGAACUUUGUGAAGCUGGCCACCGGCGAGAUGCGGCGGUCGCGGCUGUCCGACGUCUGGCUCCACUACCAGGGUACCCGCGUUGAUGCAGCUGUACCUGGACGGUGGAUCCAGGGCGGGAACAUCCACCGCAAGUUUGUUCCGGGCGCGAGCAAUCCCGUUGCGCAGGCCGCCACUGUGGCGCCGUGCGGCGAGUCGAUCUACGGCCCAACCUUUGACGACGAGUCAUUUGUCCUCAAGCACUCGGUAGCCGGCCUGCUUUCCAUGGUCAACGCUAACUCGUGGCGUUCUGGCGACUCGGCCGAUCUCAGCUCGCGCAUGUUCCGCAGGAACGCCAACGGCUCGGCGUUCAUGGUGACGCUCGCCCCUGCGCCUGCCCUCGACAAGCGUCAAGUUGUCUUUGGCCGCCUCUCCGAUGGCCGUCGCGGCCUCGAAUACGUGGCCUCGCUCGGCUCGGCCGAUGGCUCGCUCCGCCCCGGCGUCUCCAUCAUCAUCGCAAGCUCGGGCGUCGUCGGCGGCGCCGUCAAGAUCUCGGCCUCGGAAAUGCUGGCCUUCUCGGACGGCUCGUUUGCCCGCAAACCCAAGCGCCACCGCUCACGCUCUCGCGAACGCGACAACAACGCUUCUUCCGCCGCUGCCAAGUUCUCGUUUGGGAAGAGCACCGGCAAGACUGGUGGCGGGUUCAAGGCCGGUGGUGGUGGGUUCAAGCUCGGUGGAGGUGGCGGCGGCGCUGGUGGUGGCGGUGGCGGCCUCAAGAGCUUUGGCGCAGCGCCCAAGGCCAAUGAGCCGUCGGUGAAAAAGGCGUCAGAGACAGGAGGCAAGGGCUUUGCUUUCCCGGGCGGUGCAAAGGCUGGUGGCGGCGGCGGUGCAAAGGCUGGUGGCUUCUCGCUCGGAAAGUCCGGCGGCGCGGCAGCUGGAGGCGGAGCCAAGGCGGGUGGCUUCUCGCUCGGCAAGAAGACGGGUGGCGCGGCGGCGAGCGGCGGAGCCAAGACAGGCGGCUUCUCGCUCGGCAAGAAGACGGAUGGCGCAGCGGCGAGCGGCGGAGCCAAGGCAGGCGGCUUCUCGCUCGGCAAGAAGACGGAUGGCGCAGCGGCGAGCGGCGGAGCCAAGGCAGGCGGCUUCUCGCUCGGCAAGAAGACGGAUGGCGCGGCGGCGAGCGGCGGAGCGAAGGCAGGCGGCUUUUCGCUCGGCAAGAAGACGGAUGGCGCGGCGGCGAGCGGCGGAGCGAAGGCAGGCGGCUUCUCGCUCGGCAAGAAGACGGAUGGCGCGGCGGCGAGCGGCGGAGCCAAGACCGGUGGCUUCUCACUCGGCAAAAAGACAGACGGUGCUGCGGCGAGUAGCAGCAGCGGGGCCAAGACCGGGUUUGCGCUGGGCGGCAAGGCCGGCGGCAUCAGUACAUCAGCCACGUCUGCACAGAAGGACCCAACGGUGUCGCCCGAGCUCCGCGACAAGUCGCUGGAGGAGAUCAUCAAUCUGUGGCGGGCCGAGCUGCGCGAGUGUGUGGAGACGUUUACCAACCAGGCGAUCCAGAUCUCCGAGUGGGAUCGUGUGGUGGUGGACAACGGCGAGAAGAUCUCCAACCUGCACAACGAUGUCCAGCGAGUCAAGAUUGCCCAGGACUCGCUCAACUCGAACCUGGAGUUUAUUCUCACGCAGCAGAGCGAUCUCAGGCACAACCUCACCCAGCUCGAGGCCGAGAUCGCCAAGCACGAGAGCGGUGGCGAGUUCCGACAGCCGGCCGAUCAUGAGCGUGAGCAGGCGUACACUCUGGCGGAGAACCUCAAUGUCCAGCUCUUGCACAUGGGCAGGUCGCUCACAGAAAUGAUCUCCAAGCUCAACUCCUCGCACGCCGAGCGUGUCAAGGACGACAACCCGAUCAACCAGAUUGUUCAGAUCCUCAACGCACACCUCAACUCGCUGCAGUGGAUCGACGACUCGUCGGCCUCACUGCACUACCGCAUCGAGGACGUCUCGCGCGAGCUCCAGCGCCAGAACUCAACGUCGUCGUCGCACUACGCCGGCGCCUCCUCCAUGUUUGCCACCAGCGGCAGCGCCCGAUACUACUGA